AUGAAUGGUAAUUCCUCCAUUAUGGAAAACGCGACUGGUGCACCUGUAAAUUCUGGUACUGAUACAGGUGAAAUGUUGCAGACACCUGCACAGCAUGCGCUGCAGUUUGCACAUUCCGGCACCCGUGGCGUAGGGGAUGUUAAUCAACAAACAAGGAGUAUCAACACUCCGCCAAUGGGUCUUCCAGUAAACCAAUUCACUCAGGGAGGUUUUUCAAAUCCUCAAAUGGCGCCCACUGUGGGUAUGCCAAUCUCGAUUCCUCAGCAGGUAUCGAAUCCUGUUGUUAGACAAGCACUACCGCCCGGAGCGGUACCACCACCACCAAAUCCUCCCCCUUCUGCUGCUGCUGCUACUGCUGCUACUGCGACAACAAACUUGCUUCCUGGGCCUGCCCAAUCACAGCAGGAAUUAAAUGUGAGAAUUUUUAAACGAAAUUUGGGUAAUGCUGCUGUUUUGCGAGUUUUAGAGUUGAUAGAUUUUGUUUCCAACGAAAUGCUGAGCAACCUUAAAAGAGUUGAUUUCUGGAACCUCUUAGCACCUGCAUAUUUUGCACCUUCAGCUGCGAUCAAGUUGAACUUUGGAAAGAUCGUUUUGAACAAUGACAUGUCGAUGGAACUGUGUACUGGCUUGAAUUUUGAUUUUCUAAAGCAGAAUCUGAAUACCAGCACAAAUGAAGACGGGGCAAGUUUUAAACUCACGCUAAUUGCAGCGCCAUUUUUCUUCUCAAAGUGUGCUUCUGAUAGUGGAACAAAACAUGCGAGGGUGAAUUUGAGUACUUUACGACACCAAGUUUUGGACAAUGGCUCAAUCUUUAUUGUCGCCAGAUUUAAUCUACAGUUUACUUAUGACGACGAUACAAUAUCGAUGAUUGAUGGGAAUGUUAAAAUCCUUGUUGGUAGAGAUUUGCGAAUAGAAUGGAUGGAUGUGGAUUGUGCCACAUACGAAAGCUUUAUCAACUUUAAACGACCCUUGGAGAGCAAGGCAGUGCUGAUAAAAGAGCUAUAUAACAAGUCCCGAGCGCGACAAAAUGCAAGCACUGCUGGUUUAACAAGAGAUGCAGGACGAACACUACAGCUUGGUAGUAUUCUAUCAACAAUGAGUCAGCUUAUUGAGUUCAGUCAGCAAAGUAAAGUACCUCAACCCGAGACAGCAUUAAAACUGUUGGUGCAAAAUAUGCAAUCUUCAUUGAUGACGCAGUCAAAAGGAGGUGUUUUCUCUGCGGCGAGGGGAAAUAUCAAUAGUAAUUUGGGUAUGGAACAAGGUGCGCAAACAAACGCAGAAGCCUUAUCGAAAGACCGGACAAACCUUGCCAAUGGACCAAAGCAAGAAGCAAAAAAUGGCCGUGACGGAUUGAUCAGCUCAAGAGGUAUACACGACUCGUCAGCAAAUGUUUCAUCUCCCUCUCCAAAAACCGUGAACGCAGAGGAUCCAAAGAAGAAGAGGAAAGCACCUGCACAAACACAAGCACAAGCAUCAGGACACACGUCACAGUCAAAUACGGCAAAUUUGGAUUCAAAUAAACGAAAAAAAUGA